AUGGGGAAUCUGUUUAGUAGAUGUGUGCACACUGAAGGUACAGCUCAACAUCAAAAUACAUAUGAAAGGAACAGCAUUGGAAAAGACGACAGUAAACCAAGAAAAUCAAAACAUGUACGAAACGACAGCAGAGAAAACGUUACUACUUCUACCAGCGUAGAAAUAAAGAACUUCAGUCUUUCUAUCGGGGAAAACGCACAAAAUGUAACGAUCAACCACCUCAGCGGAGGUAAACUAUCAAAGAAGUCUAAAACAAAACAAUCUACGAAUGAGAAAACGAGGCCUUUUGAGAGUUAUUAUACAGAGUCGAGUGCAAGGGAAGAAGAACGUCGUCAGUUUACAUCACCAUGGGGCCAGGAUCCAGCACAGCCUCCCGGUGGUAAUUUCAUAGAUACACGAGAAUUACACAUUAAGGAAUACGUGUUCGAGUCAGGUGUAAGGAACGAUGCUGCACGUUGGGUUUGCAUGAUUUGCUUCCCAGGUGGUAAUGGUACCGGGUUUCGUGUUGGACCUAGACAUAUCAUGACUGCCAAUCAUGUUGUGAAACAUAUUUUAGGCACAGGCUAUCAGCAAGUGGGACAUACUCGAGAUCCUUUCGCGUCAUUACAAAGUCCGGGCGUUCAUGCCAUUUUCAACUUUACAACUGACGGGCCUGUGUCAGAGAGACAAAAAUUUCGUUUUAAAGCGGUUGUACCAUUUUAUGAUGAUGCAACUGAUUGUGCUGUUCUUGAACUAGAGGACAAUUCUAUGGGUACUGAAAUGCCCCUUUCUUUCACAUUCUUCAGCUUACCGAGACUUAAUAACAGAUUCACUUUUAUCGGACACUCGUUGGGAAGUCGUAUGGAAUUUAACCACGUGGACAGGAUAAUUGACAACAGUGCUGAAACGCAAAGGGACUUAAUUCAAGUAAAACAAAGUAGCUUGCAACAUUCUGGCAAAGAUUAUGAGAUGCCUCCUCAUAAUAUUCUGACUAACCCUAAUAGAUUUCUGUUUCAUUGCAAGUUUACAAAGGGGGCGUCCGGAUCACCGGGCGUAGUUAUAUUGCCUGAUGGGCGUGUUGUAGUUGUGACAAUGCUAUUGUGCGGACUUCCGGAUUGGUAUUAUGACCCUGACGUUCAGGACAACGUGAAAAACAGUUGGCCGCAAGAAUAUUGUGUGGAACAAGGGGUUAAUCUAAAAUCUGUCUAUGAGAAGAUGUCUCGCGACAACGCAACGCUUUGUCAACAAAUAUUCUUUGAUCAUCUAGAUUCUAUUCCUAAUCCAAAUAUAUAA